GACCAACUUUGGCGAUCCACACACACGGGCAGACGGCAGUGCACUUUUGACAACACCGCGAACUAUCUCGGUUUAUUUUUCUGGACCCGUAUGUGGCUUUACUCGCUGGUUUGCUAAUAGGCCUAGUCUUGUCUUGAGAAGAGGACAAACAUCGCCAUGGGAGCACCGUGCGCCUCUUUGUUGUCGUGUGCGCCAAUGAAUAGAGUGCCGGGAGAGCCUCUCUGCCAGCUCAGGGAUUCCUGAGCAUGUUGUGGAGGCCGCUAGCCCUUUGCCUCUCUCCUGUCCAAACUCCGCUGUCCGUGCUGUCCACAGAGCUGGGUGGAAAACGUCAAGCUGAGCUUGAAUAGCACAGUGUAUCUCCGUCUGUGUUGGUGUGUGUGUGAUUAUGUGUGUGUGUCUUUAACCUCUGCUCCCCAGCCUUUUAGUUUUGCUUUGUCUUUCUGUCCCACAUUGUCUGUUUCUGCCUCUUUUCGUGUCCGUCUCUCUCUGUCUCUAUCUCUGUGUCUGUCAUUUCUUUCUUUUUUUCUUUCUAUCUCUGCUCUCGCGCUUUGCUGUGUCCACCCCAUCGCCCUGGAUGCUAUGUGGAGCACCAAGGUGCUCCGGGGACUCAGGCACCCCUCUGUGCUCCUCCUCCUCAUUCCCUUCCUGGCAGUAGGACCAGCAGGGACACUGCCGUCCCCCUCCCCCUCCAACUUCUCCUCCUCCGAGGAGGGCGACAGCAAUGUCCACGCUUCCGACAAGCACCCCGAGACCUUCCAGGUGUUCACUGUUGACUAUAGCCACGUGCAGGUGCCCUUUGAGAUCGCACUGUGGAUCAUGCUGGCCUCCUUGGCCAAAUUAGCAUUUCACUGGUCGAGCCGCCUGCCUGCCAUCAUGCCCGAGAGCUGCCUACUCAUCAUGGUGGGUCUCCUUGUUGGAGGGGCUAUCUACGGCGUGCGCAACACUCCGCCCCCGACCCUGAGUGCCGACGUCUUCUUCCUGUUCCUGCUGCCGCCUAUCAUACUCGACGCAGGUUACUUCCUGCCAGGCCGGGUGUUCUUCGAGAACCUGGGCACAAUCAUGCUGUACGCCAUGCCCGGCACGCUGUGGAACACACUGGGCAUCGGCUUCUCGCUGUACGGCCUGUGUCUGGUGGUGCCGGGCGAGGCUCUGAAGGAGCUGUCGCUCUUCCACUGCCUGCAGUUCGGCAGCCUGAUCUCGGCCGUGGACCCCGUGGCCGUGCUGUCCGUCUUCGAGGAGAUGCACGUCAACGAGCAGCUGCACAUCCUGGUGUUUGGGGAGUCGCUGCUCAACGACGCCACUGCUUUGGUGUUGUACCGGCUGUUUGAGUCGUUCCUGCGCAUGCCCACGCUGACGGGCUUUGACGUGCUGCUAGGGGCAUUUGAGGUGCUGGCGGUGGGCACGGGCGGGGUGCUGGUGGGCAUCUUCUUCGGCCUGGUGGCGGCGCUGGUGACGCGCUUCACGGCCCGCGCCCAGGUCAUCGCCCCGCUCUUCGUCUUCCUCUUCAGCUACCUCUGCUACCUCACCUCCGAGAUGCUGCACAUCUCCGGCUUCUUUGCUAUCAUGACGUGUGCGGUGAGCAUGAAGCAGUACGUGGAGGCCAACAUCUCGGAGAAGUCGCACACCACCAUCAAGUACUUCCUGAAGAUGUGGAGCAGCGUGAGCGAGACGCUCAUCUUCAUCUUCCUGGGCGUCUCCACCAUCCAGGACGAGCACAUGUGGAACUGGCCCUUCGUCACCUGCACCCUGCUCCUCUGCCUCCUGUGGCGUGCCAUGGGUGUUCUGAUCCUGACGGCCUGCAUCAACAGGGUGCGGCACAACCACGUAACAUUCAGGGACCAGUUCAUCAUAGCCUACGGUGGCCUGCGGGGAGCAAUCUGCUUUUCACUGGUGUUCCUCAUGGAUGACUUCCCUCUGAAGAAGCUCCUCAUCACCACCACCAUCACAGAGGUCCUCUUCACUGUCUUUGUGCAGGGCAUGACCAUUAAGCCUCUGGUGGAGCUGCUGGAGGUGAGCAAGAAGAGUGAGGAGUGCUCCCUGGGCUUGGAGAUCCACUGCAGGGUCCUUGACCACCUGAUAGCUGGGAUUGAGGAAGUGGUCGGAUACUCUGGUCAACACCACUGGAAAGAAAAGUUUGAUCACUUCAACACCAAGUACCUGCGUAAGAUCCUGGUCCGGCCGGACAAGAGGCCCAAGUCCAGCCUGGUCCGCCUCUACCAGAAACUGGAGCGCCGAGACCAGAGGAGGGAGGAGGAGCGCAAAGACGAGGAGGGAGUGGCGGAAAGCCCUCAGACCCCGAGAGUCCUGCUACCAGAGGAGAUGAACAGCAUCAGAAAGAUCCUCGCCAACAACCUCCACAAUUUCAACAGAAGGUGCUCCACCUUAGAGUACGGCGCCACCUACAGUCGGCACCGGCUGAACCCAGAGUUUCUCAUGGACAGGAACACGACUGUCACGCCCGCGUCACACCACCCCCUCUACAGACCAGUCAGCCUGGCAGACCACAUGCGGCCCACUCUCUCAACACAGUGGGAGCAUGAGUAUGAAGAUAGGGACUCCAAUGGAAGGCGACUAUCUCAAUCACUUACAGGUAUUACAGUAAUAACAUGCAACACGACUGAUGGGGCGCUAUCCAGUCCCAACGGCCCUGCAGAGCUGCACCCUGACACGGGCACAGACGACAGCGCUGCCCCUGGCUCAUCCUCUCAGGACCAGGAGCAGAACUGCAGGAGAUCUACCAGCACCACAAGCAGAGGGCCCAAGAAACUCAGCUUUGUCUUCGAGAAUGAGAAGAACAGGAAGUAAGGCUGGCCCAGAAGAGGAAAAGACUCAACAACAAAAGAAAAGAAAGUAAAACAUAUCAAAAACAGACAAAACAAGACAGGAGGGGGACUUUUGUAUGGCACGAGAGAUUCUAGUGACUGGCAGUGUCUGAGUGAACUUUUCUUCAAAAAUGUGAUGGGAGUUGUGUUCACGUUUGUGUAGUAUGUUGAUGGUGCAUCGGCUUCAGGGUCGUGGACGAAUUCAUUUUUAAAGAACAGUGGGACAUUGGAUUAAAAAAGCUUUCAGAGA